AAACUACAAACUCAAUAGCAAACACCUCAGUAAUGACUACUACAAACCCAGUAUCAAUUACAACAAACUUAGUAGCAACUACCUUAAACUUAAUUAUAACUACUUCAGAUAUAUCAGUAUAUUUUAAUGAUGAAUUGGCUAAAAAUAUUUUGAAUCUGAUAGCAAGCCUUUUAAAUGUAGCAACAAAUUAG